AUGACUUUAAUCACUUGGUCUAUUACUUCAAUAGUAACAUUGCGCUUGCACAUUCACAGUUUCUUUGAGAUUUGCGCUCGAGCGUCCGCAAUCGCUCGAUAUCUUUUCCUAGACCACGGUCUUGAACUUCCUUCGACCCAUAACACAUCAAACAUACCCGCGAUCGAAGCCAGGAGCCUGCUCCUAGAUCUGCCCGGGGAACUUCGAAACAGUAUUUACGCUGCUGAAUUUGGAGAGGGUUGCUACCUGUGUGUAACCUUUGGAAGCGACCGUCGCCUCCGAGUCUUUCCCCCCAACGGUGACAACAAUUCGAACGUGGCAACAACUUUGGAUGGCUUCAAGAUCAACCACCUCCUCCGUCGCGAAUCCCGAACCUUCUUCUACGGCAAGGAGUUCCGCUUCUUCGAGGACGGCAAGUCGUCCCGCGACGUUGCCCGAGCCUUUCUAGCCGCCAUCGGGCCUCGAGGUAGAGAACUCAACUCGGGUUGUAACAGCUACAACCUAGGAUCAACAACUCAUACGGUUCACGGUCACCUACGUACAGACUUGGAGUUGCUGGCAUAGUAGCUGCCUACAUGCCUAGCCAGUUACAACUUCUACAGAGAGGGGUUGGGGUACGGUGGCCUACCCUGCCUAAUGCUGCCUACUGCUGCCUCCAAUUAGUGCUUCUGCCUAUGCAUACAGUCACUUCCUACGUAGUAUAUAGUUUGGCCUUCGGGCCCCCGAAAUAAGACAGAGUUCACAUCAAUUUUCAACCUGAGU